UUCUUUCUUUCUUUCUUCUCCGAUCUGUCUAUCUCCUGCUGUCCGUCUUGUCUUCUCCCUCCGCCUCCGGCCUCCGCUACCUGCUUUGGCUCACCUCACCUCAUCUGGGUUGAGUAGAGAGAAACGAAGACGAUCGGAUCGGAUCGGAUCUGAUCUCGAAGCCGUCAAUCCGCCCGCCCAGUUAGUUAACAAGUUUACGACCACGGCGGCGGCGGCCAUGCCGGCGCGUGUCGCGGCCGAGAUCGCCGCGCUCCCGGAGCCGCGCGGGCCCUUGCGCCGCCUCUGCGGCGACCUCGCGCGCCGCAUCCGCCUCCUCGCGCCCCUCCUCCAACAGCUCCAAGAACAAGAGCAAGACCCCUCCUUGCCUCUCGCCGACGCCCUGGGAGCCGCGCGCGACCUCCUCUGCGCCGUACACGACGGCAGCAAGAUCUACCAGGCGAUGCGAGGGGAUGGUAUCCUGGACAGGUUUGCAAGUGUCAACACACAGAUUCAGCUGGCGUUGGAUGACUUGCCCUAUCACACCUUCGAUAUGCCCGAAGAAGUGCAUGAGCAGGUUGCGCUUGUGCAUUCCCAAUUCAAAAGAGCAGCAACCAGAACAGAUUCACCAGACAUGCAACUUUCAAAGGAUCUAUCCUCUGCUCUUGCUGACAAGACUUGUGACCCUGCGGUUUUAACAAGGAUCUCAGAGAAGCUGCAACUACAGACUAUGGCCGAUAUGAAGAAAGAAUCCGUCGCCCUGCAUGAGAUGGUCAUCUCCAGUGGUGGUGAACCUGAUGGCUGUGUUGAGGAAAUGUCUUCAUUGCUCAAGAAGCUUAAAGACUGUGUCAUCACCGAAUCUCCCACCACCGAGACUCUCGGCACCAGGUCUGGCUCCAUAAAGCACAGAUCUCCUAUCAUCCCAGAUGAAUUCAGAUGCCCCAUAUCCCUCGAGCUCAUGCAAGACCCUGUCAUUGUUUCCAGUGGACAGACAUAUGAGCGAUCUUGCAUACAAAAAUGGCUUGAUUCUGGGCACAAAGCAUGCCCUAAGACACAGCAGCCCCUGUCGCAUACCUCACUUACGCCAAACUUUGUCCUCAAAAGCCUGAUAGCACAGUGGUGUGAAGCCAACGGUAUUGAGCUUCCGAAGAACAAGGCAAAUUCUCAUGAUAAGAAAGCAGCCAAAAGUUCUGACUAUGACCAUGCUGGUCUAGUCUUGUUAAUGAACAGGCUGAGGAGUGCGAACCAAGAUGAGCAACGGGCAGCUGCUGGUGAGAUCCGUUUGCUUGCAAAGAGAAAUGUGAACAACCGGAUAUGCAUUGCUGAAGCAGGAGCAAUUCCCUUGCUGGUCAAUCUACUCUCCUCUUCAGAUCCAAGAACACAGGAACAUGCCGUCACAGCACUACUUAACCUCUCCAUCCACGAGAACAACAAGGCAAGCAUUGUAGGCUCAAAUGCUAUCCCUAAGAUAGUGGAAGUGCUGAAAACUGGGAGUAUGGAAGCCAGAGAAAACGCAGCAGCGACACUGUUCAGUUUGUCGGUUGUAGAUGAAAACAAGGUAAGCAUCGGCCAUGCCGGUGCAAUACCUCCACUCAUUAAUCUUCUGUGCGAUGGGAGCCCACGAGGCAAGAAAGAUGCUGCAACAGCGAUUUUUAAUCUGUGCAUAUACCAGGGCAAUAAGAUCCGAGCAGUGAAAGCUGGAAUUGUUGUCCAUCUGAUGAACUUCUUGGUGGAUCCUACCGGGGGAAUGAUUGAUGAGGCACUCACUCUUCUGGCAAUUCUUGUCAGUAAUCCUGAAGGCAAGGCUGUAAUUGCACAAUCAGAGCCAAUUCCCCCACUUGUGGAGGUGAUUAAAACUGGGUCUCCUCGCAACAGAGAGAACGCUGCAGCCAUUCUAUGGUCGCUUUGUUCUGCUGAUGUCGAGCAAACGAGGGCUGCAAAGGUGGCUGGGGCGGAGGAUGCACUCAAGGAACUUUCAGAAUCCGGCACAGACCGUGCAAAGAGAAAAGCUUCUAGCAUUCUGGAACUCAUGCGGCAAGCUGAAGAAGCGUGAACCUGACCAUAAUAGAUUUGCUGGAACUCGAGGUUGUGGCUUAGCUAUAUUGUACACAGAAAUACAUAAAUACUAAAUGCUUCUGAAUAGUGUUCACUUUUGAGAUAUAUCAUUAGGCAGAUCUUUAAGAUUUUUCUGUAACAUAUAAAUUGGUUGUAUUAUAUUGACUCAGCCCAAGUUGUACUUGAUAAAAACGAUAGUAAAUAAACUUGUAUGUGAUUCAGUUUGGUGCUUA